CAGACUGGAAGGUUUCUUUUUUAUUUACGUCUUCAAUUUCAGUUAUCAAUGAAUCUUAAGGGAGUAUUUAUUUGUGUUUUGGUGGUUUUAGUGCAAUCUGUGCUUGCUCAGAGGUAUCCCCAUCCUGUGUGUGCUCCCCAAUUCCAGUAUGUCCAUCUUAAUUCAAAACUUGGCUGGGUGGGCUUCGGAUCAACGACAUUUUUAGACUCUUCCUCACUACACAACAUAACAUUAGAGGUGAUUUAUGCGACAGUUGAGUUGGAGAAUUACUCAAAUUUGGGUGAAUUGGAGAUCACACAUUUUCAUCAGCUGAGAACAUUAAAAACUAAUGUGAGGCAGUGGAAUGUCCUCUAUGUUGUUAAGUUCUCUACACAGAAUCCCAUUCCUGACGUCAUUAAAACUGUCUUAAAUGGCGCUGUUCUAUGUGAUGACAAAGUAAGAGCUUCAUCAUCACAGAAGCCAGUCCAUGUGAGGCUUCUAUUGACCUACAAUGACUUUUUGAAGGAGCAAAAGUUCACAGCAAAAGUUAUAAAUAGAUUUCCAACUGGAAUUAGUAGCUCUGAUAUCAGCUCAUUCAAUAUAGAAGGAGUUGUUCCUCGACAGCUUACCGGAAGAAAAGUUUUUAUUUCCAAAAUGCCGCUCAGCUGGUUCGAUGGUCAAAGCUUCUGCAAGAAGAACGGUUUCACAUUGACAUCGAUUAAAUCUGAAAAUGAAGACAACGAACUUAAUCAAGCUCUGAAGGACGUUCUGGCUGAGGAUAUCCAUUGGGUAUGGGUUGGAGGAAAUUCUUUUAGCGGAGAAUGGCGGUGGAUAGGUGAUGGAUCCCUUGUGGAUUACAGCAAUUGGGACGUUAAAGAUGGCGAACCAAAUAAUUACAAUAACAAUGAGCACUGUAUGCACUUGCGGGUGCGAUGGAUUGAAGACAAGUGGAAUGAUAACGACUGUGCAAAUAUUUUUCAUUUUGUAUGUGAAUUGAGAGAUUAAUUUUUUUUUACUUUAUUGCCAUUAUUUAAAUAAACUGUGCAGCUAUGGAAGCAAAUAAACUAAAAUUAUCUUGUAU